GGUGUCCAGCGCGCGGGGGUCAGUGGUCAGGCCCGGCCGAGGCCCCGCCGCAGCUCCGCGAGGCCCUGGAGGAGCAGGUGAGGCGUCGGUGAUGCAAGUACAGGUAGCAGCGCCCCAAGCCGGGACCACCCGGCUCCCGCGGCGCCUUCUGGGAAAUGUAGUUUGCACCUGCACCUCCCCUCAGACACGCCCCCUCGCGUGCCGCGGUGCCUUCUGGUAAAUGUAGUCCUACUCUCUGGGACCGCCCCAGAGACGCAGCCAUGACGCGCCGCGGUGUCCUCUGGGAAAUGUUGUCCGCACCUGCGUCACCCGGGAUACACCACCAUGAUCCGCAGCGGUGCCCUCUGGGAAAUGUCCGGACCUGCGCCACCGACUAUACGCUGCCAUUACCCGUCGCGGUGCCCUCUGGGAAUUGUAGUCCGCGCCUGCGCCUUCCCCGGCACGCCCCCCUCUCCGCCCGCCGCGGAGUCCUCUGGGAAGUGUAGUCCGCGCCUGCGCCGCGCGCGCUGCCGAGGCUGGGGGGUCUCCGGGCGGAAGCAGGACCACCCUCCCUUGAUUCGCACAGCCCGCAGCCGGGGUCCCCGAGGUGGCCGUCCUGCCCGGAGGGCCGCGGGCUGUGUCAGGCGGAGCCGGGCUGGGCCCGGAAUGGCGCGGCAGGCUUCCAUCGCCUUCCAGGACCUGGCCGUGCGCUUCUCCCCUGAGGAGUGGCGGCUCCUGGGAGCCGGGCAGCGGGAGCUGUACCUGGACGUGAUGCAGGAGAACUACCAGACGCUGGUGUCCCUGGGCACAGCUGAGCCUCUCCCCCUCUCUGCCUUCCUGUCCCCCUCGGAGCCGGGGGGCGUUUCGGGGAGCCGGAGCCCCACCCAGCAGGGGCAGGAGCCCCCCAGAGCAGGAGUGCCCCUGGGGGGCACCGCCCAGCACAGCCUGCACCUCAGCGCCCUGGUGCAGCUGGUGAGGGAGAUCCCAGAGUUCCUGUUGGGAGGCACCAGCCCCGAGAGCGGAGACGGGGAGCAAGCGAGCCCCAAGGCCCCCUCUGUCCAUCUUGUCCCCCCCAUAGCCAUGACUGGGACCCCAGACACCUGCCCCCCAGUGGGGCCCAAGGGCUGCCUUCCACACCCGCCCCCCAGCCUGGCCCCCACACCUGGUGCCGACUCCUCGUCCAGCAACUUGACCGCAGCCGGGGGACGGGAAAGCCCCCUCCCCACCACUGCAGACACAGUGGGGCGUACAGAACAGGGAAAUCAGGGAGCAGCACCAAGCGGGGUGCCCAGCCCUCCCACCCGGAUCCCCUGCAUGAGGAAGGACCUCAGGAAACAGGAAGCGGGGGACCCCAGAGCAGGCUCAGCGGAACUUCCCCCGGGGGGCAGCCCCCUGCAGGGGUUCAUCGACUGCCUGAGGGACAUCCUGGUGCCGGAGGCCACCCCCGGCGCGCAGCCUCCCUUCCCCGGCAUGGGCGCUUCUCGGCUUUCCAAGGUGGAGCUGCGGCCUGGGAGCCCCUGGGGAGUGAAGACAGAGCCGGCUUCCGGGGACUGCCCCCUGCAGGGCCUGCUCAGCUGCCUGAAGGACAUCCCAGGCCCCCCCCACAGACGCCCCUCAGGAGUGGGGGGCGCUCGGCCUCAGCAGGAGCCGGGGCCCUGGAAGAGGAACCCAGGCGGGCCCCUGUGGCCCCUCCCGCCCGGAGCAGGGGCCCCAGUGGUGAAGACAGAGGACGCCUGGACCCAGAGCCCGCCUGCACCUGCCUCUUGCCGGCUCAGCAGGGUCCCCCGCAGCCCCGGCCACCGAAGGGACAGCAGAGGUGGCCCACUGCCCCACUGGGGCCCUGCCGCUCCAGCCGGCAGUGCCUCGAGCUCGCCCCUGGAAGCCCUGGAGGCCUGUCUGAAGGGCAUUCCCCUGAGUGGGUCGUUACCUCCCCAGCCGCCGGCUGCCCCCCGCUUCCGGAGCCCCCAGCCAGGACCCCCCGGGUCCCCGAGGCCCGAGCCGCAGCCCCGUGGACCUCACAGCCAAGAGGGUCCCCUCGGGCCCCCACUGGGCCUGCAGGGCUGCGGCAGAGACGGCCUCGCCCUGCCCCCCGGCCCACCAACCACCCCCAGCAGCUUCUCUUCCUGCAGUGAUGGGGACCUAGACCUGCAGAGCCCCGAGGUUGGCCGGGGCCGCCUGCCGGGCGGAGGUCUGUGGUCAGGUGUCUGUCCAGUGGACCUGAAUGACCCAGUGAUCUGCCCCUCUCCUUUGGCCCCCGCUGCCCUGGAUAUGGGUGCAGGCAUGGCUCCUGGAGUCCGGGGAGCCCCCUGCAGCCCCCCAGCUGUGAUGCCUGCCUCCCCGGGAAGCCCGCCGGGCAGCUCGCCACUGCAGCGCCUGCAGACCUGUCUCCAGGGGAUCCCUGCGCCAGGCCCAAGGCCCCCCUGGCCCUGGUUGUCCAUAGGGGACAGGGGCCCACGGAGAGCAGAGCCCAGGAACUGGAUGGCGGACAGGGAAGGACCAAAGGAUGAGGUCUGGGAGCCAGCCCGCCCAGGGAAGCCCCCCAGGAGCCUCCAGCCAGCCAGCCCCCAGGCACCCACCCUGAGCAGUGUCCCCACCUGCUUCCAGCGAGGCCCCCGGGACCUUGGGGUCCCCCAGGCCCCAUCGUGGAAGUGGCUUCAGGAGGCUGGCGAGUGGGGGCUUGAACUCAGGCACUUUGGUUUCACCCGCCCAGGUGCCCCCAGCAGGCCCUCCCCUCUACGCUGCCUGGAGAGCUCUCUGCGGGGCUUCCUACCCGGGGGACCCCUGCGCUUCGCCUGCCUGGACGGCCCCGGUCCCCCCAGCCUCAGCCCCAGCCCGGGCUCCAGCUGCAGCUCUAACAGCUCCGAGGAAGACCCCAGGCCAGAGCCCCAUCCGAGGGGGCCGGGGAGAGCCGUGCCUCAGGGCUCGCAGCCCACCCCAACACCUGCUCCGCGCCUGCUGUCAGGGGCCAGUCCCCUUCUCGUCUGCCAGGGGCCUGGACGCCAGUCUCCAGGCCCAGGGGACACCCCUGCUGGUGGUGAAAGAGGAGAACAGGAGCCUGGGGGCCUCGACGUUACCUGUGCAGAGGCAGCCAAGGCUCCAGCUCCCUGCCUAGAGGAAGAGCCCAGCCCUGAGGCCCGCCAGCCCCCUGGCUCCUCCUGUGGACCCCUGUCCUGGAAGCCCAGAGCCGGCGAAGACCCCGGGGGUCUGGGGUCUGGACACGGAAGCCCCACUGCUGCACCCGGGACUGACAAGAGCACCCCCGAGCCACUGCCCCCCGCCACCUGCUCCCCUGCGCCCUCACCCUCAGCCGACCCCCCGCCGUCCACGUGUCCCUGCGGGGCAUCCCUGCAGCUGGAGCUACGCAGCCUGGGAGCCGCCCUCUCUGAGAAGCUGGACCAGAUGGCCACCACCCUGGCCGGCCUGUCCCAGGAGGUGUCCGCCAUGAAGACACAGGUGGCCUGGCUCAAGCGGCAACCCAGGGGCCCUGCACCCAAGGGCCUAUCCUUGUGGGCCUGGCACCAAGCCCGGGGCCCUCGCUGGGCCCAGGGCCGCACCCCCCGACCCCUGCCCUACGGGAGACGCGGGAGCCCCGCCAGGCCCAGGCCCAGGGUCCUGCGCGGUCAGCCUGAAGGUUGUAGGGCAGGGGACACCCCGGGCCUGGCCAGCGGGAGGCCCCGCCCGGCCCCUCCCCUGCCCGCAGAUGCCUCCCCUGCAGAACCUUCCAGACCCAUCUCCAGCCCUCCCCAGCAGCCCCUGUCCUUGGCCUGCAGCGGCACCAUGGGGACCGUGCGCCCCUCCCUUGGACACGCUGAGGCCUCCCAAAGCCCUCCUCUGCCGCUAGUGCCUGCAGCCUUGCCUCCCCCCUGGACAUCUGCCCCCCAGACAGACAUGGGGCCUCAGGCUGCAGCCUCGGCACCAGCCAGGGCCCCCAACCAGCCCAGGGACCCUGGCAGCCUGUGGGCAGGGGUCCAGAGAGCCCUGGAGGGUGAACUGUGGGGCGGGGAGCACCGGACCCUGAGGUGGGGUGUCCCUCACCCCCACUGAGGAUGCCCAACCCCUGGCCUGCUGGCGCCCUUACUCAGGCCUGUCCUUUCCCCGUUUCUGGGCCAUGAGGGACAGGGGCACCUUUGGCCUGCCCGCCCCAGACUCAGGGAGGCCAGCGUUUGGGGGUGCGCCCCUCAGCCGUGCCUCUGCCCUUCUAGACUCAGGUUCAUUUAGACACUGUUCCACCUCCUCUACCCCCUCUGAAGCUGGCAGGUGCCCCCAGGUCCUGGGUCUCCCAGUGGCAGCCUUGCCCGGCCUCAGUCCUCAGCACAGAGGUGGAGCAGACUGUCCCUUCCCGGCGAAGGUGGGCACAGACUCCGGGUCUGAACUGGGUUUGCCCAGUGGAUUCUGACAUUAAAAGAAGCUGCUUGUGAAGUGGAAAGUACGGCUGGUACACAGGUGGAGAGCCUGAGCCAGUUGCCAGGACCCUGAGAGCUGACGUGUCUCAGGGCUGAGAGACAUUCGCCUCAGUCAGACGCCCGUGAUCUGAAGAGAUCUGGGGGACCCACACAAGGCACCCUGAACUGGGACAGUGGCAAGCGUGGGCCGCCACCCCCAGCUUUUCCGGGAUAUUGACUGAUAAAGUGAUGGCAUCACAUCACAGAGGAUCACAAGGAAGAUGGAAAAUGCUUUUUUUACGUAAGACUUAACAUCAGGGGUAAAUGUCAAGGCACCAAUAACAGGCAGUUAAACAUCAGGAUCAACAGUCAGAAGUUAUUUUCACGGUGCUGGAAAGCACCAGAAGUGUCAGGCGGGGUGUUGAAAACUGUCGUUGUCUGAAGGUCAUCAUGUCAGGCAUGUUCGUCUGGUGCCGUAGCUGCUGAGCUUCUUCCCAUUAUCCCUGGCGUAUCUGCAGCAGCAGCCAGACAUCAGAGCUGUGGGGGUGUGUGCAUGACGGCCAACUAGCCUGAGGACUGGUAAAAUCUCUAACAUCCAGAGUUUGCCUCAGAGCAGGAUUCUUUUUUUUUUUUAAGACUUUUUCUUCAUUCUCUUUUUUUUAAAAAAUAUUUAUUCAUUCCCUUUU